AUACGUGGGAACUUGCUAUCUCGGGAGCUUCCCAGAGUUGGUACAUCCACUUAGUGUUUACCCCGAGUACUGCACCAUGAUGCGGUUGUUGACUGUCGUAGUGGUGGUGUUGGCUGGGCUGCUGCACCUCGUCACUGCCCAUAAGAUGGAGGUGGGACGUUGUAAGUCCAUGCCAGAGGUUCAGAAGUUUGACCCAGACAAGUUUGCAGGUGAAUGGUAUGUGUUGGAGUCAGUGUUAACCAGCAGCUCCUGCGUAAGACUGGUGUUCAACCGUACUCAGGAAGGCUUCACGAUGCAACACUCCAGAGAGCUUCUCAUAGCUCGUACCGUCGGCUUCAGCCACGUCUUCAGAACCACCGGUACCCUUCAAGUCCUCAAUGGCACUGCUAAGAUGAUCAUGAAAAUGCCAUAUACUCCAGGAUUUUUCAACACCUACCUGACAGUGGUGGACACAGACUACACCCAGUACGCUGUGCUCUACGAGUGUACAACAAUGUGGUUUGUGCGCCGCUACACAGUGCGUAUACUCAGUCGCCAGCCCACCCUGGAUGCUGCUCUCCUAAGCCAGGUGAAGACGAACCUGACGGAGAAUGGAAUUAACGUUAGUUUACUUAGUAAGAUCGUCCAGGACAGCUGCAACGAAAAGGGUCAAGCUGACUUCGACAUCAACAUCGAUGCUAAUACCUUCGGAGGCAACCAGUCGAGCAGCAACUCGACUCAAGACGAUAUUGACGCAGGCAGCCAUCUGGAGAACGUGAUUGACUGGGAUUAACUUUCAGAGGGAACCUUGGCUCGUCCCAUUGUAGAGGCUUCAAGGCCUGAUGCGCUUGGCUCUGUCCAUUAUAAUUCGCACUACUUGCCUCAUCCUAGGCCAUAAUAUUUUAAUCACAUGAAACAACUUUAUUCAUUUGCAACCUGAUAAUGGUUCAAAAAGGAAAGAAGAAAGUCAUCUAUGUUUCAUCACUUAAAUGUGUAAAGUUUGGGACAAAGAACUGAAACCUUUAUUCUAAGGCAGCACGACGGUGAGUGUUCAUUGUACAGUUUACCUCCGUGUUACAAGAGCUUCGUAAAAGAUAAAUCACAAUGGCUGUAGCCGCUAUGAUUUACCUUUUAGAUUAUUGUUGUGGGCAUUGGUCUUUAAAUAAAGUUUAAGAAAUGA